UCUAGCUCUGUGAAUAUUCACUACUCUUUCUCUACAAUGGAGUUGGAUAGCAUUCUAGGAUAUCUGGAGAGCAAGACCAUCUUAGUUACUGGAGGCACUGGCUUACUAGGAAUGGUAUUUGUGGAGAAGAUACUAAGGGUUCAACCAAAUAUUGGAAAGCUCUACCUUCUUAUAAGAGCUUCUGAUGCCAACUCUGCCACACAUCGCAUGCGCAAUGAGAUUAUAGAGAAAGAGUUAUUUAGGGUUCUUAGAGAAAAAUGGGGCACAGAUUUUGAAUCCUUCAUUUCAGAAAAAGUAGUUGCUAUUCCGGGAGAUGUAGCUUCUGCAGAAAUAGGAGUGAAAGGAUUUGAAUUGAGGGAACGUAUGUGCAAUGAAAUACAAAUUAUACUUCAUUUUGCAGCUACCGUGGAUUUUGAUGGCAGGUAUGAUAUUGCUUUGGAUGUGAAUACAUUUGGGGUUCUGCAUGUGUUGAGCUUUGCGAAGAAGUGUUUGAAACUAGAAAUGCUUGUUCACAUAUCAACUGCUUAUGUGGGCGUCGGAAGGAUUGGGCUUAUACUGGAGGACUCCUCUCCAAUGGAUGAGUUGAGAAAGGAAAUCACUAAAUCUGACUUGAAAGUACUGGAAAGGAACAUGGUGGUGGAAAAAUUAAAUGAACUAAAAGCACAAAAUGCUUCAGAAAAAGUUAUUACGAAUAAGAUGAAGGACUUGGGCUUUGCAAGGUCAAAGUUGUAUGGUUGGCCAAGUACUUAUUUGUUUACAAAAGCGAUGGCAGAAGUGUAUCUUGAACAAUCAAAAGGUAAUUUACCCAUUACCAUCAUACGCACAGCUACAGUUACGAGCACUUACAAGGAACCAUUUCCAGGUUGGCUUCAAGGUUACAGAACCGUUGAUAGCCUAAUUGGUACUUUUUGGAAGGGGGCACUGACAUGUUUGCCUAUGGAUCCUACAGCUGUAUUGGAUUUGAUUCCAGUUGAUAUGGUGGCCAAUUCAAUAAUUACGGCGAUGGUAGUGAAUGCCAACAAAUAUCUUGAAAAUCCUGGAAUGAUUUAUCAUGUGGGAACGUCCUUGAGAAAUCCAAUUAAAAUGUCUGAGUGGACAAAUUUUAUGUUCCAAUACUGCACCAAAAAUCCAUGGCUUUAUAAGGAUGGAAUCCCGAUCAAGGUUGAGAAGUUGAAAAUGUUCACAACUAUGGCUGCAUUUCGCUCGUACAUGCAAAUCCGCUACAUGUUACCAUUGGAGGUAUUAAAGUUCUUGAAUAAAGAAUUUGAUCAAUAUUUUCAAGAAUUAUAUGCCAACUAUAACCGAAAAAUCACAUUUGCGAUGCGGUUGGCUGAGAUAUACCGACCAUUUACGCUAUAUAAGGGCAUCUUUGACGACACCAAUUUGGAGAAGUUGCGAAGGAUAGCAACAGAAAAUUACAGAGACGCUGAAAUUUUUAAUUUUGAUCCAAGAUGCAUUGAUUGGGAAGACUACUUGAUGCGUACUCACAUCCCUGGCCUUCGGAAACAUGUUAUGAUCAAACAUAGCCAGAGCCAGAGCCGACUUUGAAUGGUGGUGCCACCUCUACGUACUAUGUCACUAUGUUAUGAAAUAAUUUGAAAUAAUGAUUAGUCAAAAGUACUAUAUAUGUUAUGCAUUUGAAAUAAAUGUCUACUCAGAAGUAUUGUAUUUGUUACUUGAUCAAGAGAUCAAUACAUAUAGUCAAGGAUACGUGCUCCUAUUGUAUCACAUGCGCUUUAGUUAAG